AUGCUUGAUCCACAACAAAAUUCUUCUCGACCAUUAAUAUCUAUAACUCCUCGAAAAAAAUCUGUUCGUUUUAACAUAACAUCACCAUCACCACGAAUUCCAAAAUUAACAAAUCAAAAUGACUCAAAUCAUCAUCAUCAUCCAUUAAAUGUAUCUUAUACAGUUCCUUCAACAACGAUCAAUAUUGAUCAUAUAACAAAUCAAUCUCAUAUGCAACAUUUAAAUAAUCAUAUUGAAUAUAUUCCAACAACAAGACGAAAUAAUUUACAAAUUAAUGGUGAAAAAAUUCUUCCACAACAAAAAACACUUGAUGAACUUCAGCAAUUUAUGAAGCUUAAAGCUGAAAAUCUUCGUAGAAAUAUGACACAAGUAGCAGAAACAUUUAAUCAUGCUAGUACACAUUUAAAUCAUUUAAAAGAAGAACAACAAACAGUUCUUAAACGACCAAGUCGUAUACCUAUUUCAACUCGUUAUCGUUCACCUUCACCAACAAUUGUUAUUUAUAAAAAACCACAACAUCGUUCUAUUGAUGAUUUACGUUGGUAUUGUUUAGCAAGAAAAUUUUCAAUAUUAUGGCAAAAAAAAAUUUUUGGUUGCCAUAUUCGUCGAAUAAAAUUUUUCUAUCAACAAAAAUUACUUCAGAAAUAUUUUCUAUUAUGGAGAAAUAUCAUUAAAAAUGAUCCUAAUGAAUUAAUAGCUAUUGAAUUUCGUCAUCGACAAUUAUUAAAAACUUAUUUUCAUAUAUGGUUAAAUUUUACUUCACAAGAUCAAAUAGCUAUUGAACAUAUUAGUCAUAAACGUAUUCACAAUGCUUGGAAUAUAUGGAAAAUGCAAUUAAAUAAACGACGUUCACAUCAACAACAAUUUGUUAUUGCUAAUAAGCAAUAUCAUCAAAGAGUUUUAUUUCGUUUUUAUCGUAUAUGGCAAAUGAAUACUUAUCAACGACGACAAGAACAUGAAAAAAGUUUACGAUCUAAUUAUCAUUAUCGUGUUCAUUUGCAAAGAGUUUGUUUUAAUGCAUGGCUAACCUAUAUAGAAUAUCGACGAAGAAAAAAUAUUCAUAAAAAACGUGUUCAUGAUUAUUAUGAAAGACGUUUAGUUGGAGGAAUCUAUUCUAAAUGGAAACAAGCAUUAACAAGAAAAUUAUUAAUACAACAACAUGAACAUCGUUUAGCUCAAUUACAAGAAAGAGUUUUAAUGCGAUGGGGAUUUGAACAAUGGAAAUCAUAUAUUCAUGAUUUGGCUGAUGAACAACGUACAAUGCACAUGGCUGAACAGUAUAGUGACCGACGAAUUAUGCGUUCGGCAUUGACAGCUCUUUAUCAAUAUGUAAUUAAACGUCGAAUGAAACAACGUUUAAAUUGGAUUGCUGUACAACAUCGUGCUCGAAUGAUUAAACGUAUUUAUUAUCGAAUAUGGAAACAUCGACUAGAACAACGUGAAAAUAUAUAUAUGCAUGCUGAAUUUUAUAAAGCUGAAUCAUUUUAUCAUAUGAAAAUUACAAUUCGAUAUUGGUUUCGUUGGAGACGAUAUAUUAAUGAUUGUCGACAAGAACAUGCUCAACUUAAUGCGGCUGACGCAUAUUUUAAUUCAAAAUUAUUACGUAAAUAUUUUAAUGUUCUACGUGCUAAUAUAUCAGAUGAACGUCAUGAAAAAUUACUUGAAAAACAAGCAGAUGAUUAUUAUCGUUUACGAUAUCUACGAAUUUAUUAUAUGUAUUGGAAAGUACAAACGCGUAUAAAUGAACGAUAUCAAAUGAAUUGGAGAAUAGCAACGAUUCAUGAAGAAAAAACUAUGCGUCGAAAAAUUUUUAAUACUUGGCUUAAUAGAGCACAUUCAAGAUUGAUUGAUAAUGAACAAAAUAUUGUUGCAGAACGACAUUAUUUUCGAACAAUAAUUGUUCAAGCUUGGUUAUUAUGGCGUCAAUUAAUUGAUCAACGUCAUAAUGAAGAACGAUCUGAACGAAUUGCUGUUCAAUUUUAUUAUCACACUAUCGAAAGACAUGCACUUAAUGCAUGGAUAUUGUAUAUUCAACAUUGUCGUCAUAUGAAACAAAUGUAUCAUGAAAGUGAACAAUUUCAUCUUCAACAUCGUGGUAAAACUAUCUUUUUUGAAUGGUUAACUAAAGCACGACAUAGACGAAGAUUAAUGCUUAUUGUAAAUGAACACUUUAAUCGUGUACAACGUAAUGCAUUAAGACAAUGUUUUCGUCAAUGGCGAUAUAAUAUUAAAGAAGAAAAAGAUGAUCGUCAAUUAACUCAAUAUGCUAUUGAUCAUUACAAUCGGUCAUUAAAACGUAAAAUUCUCCUUGCUUGGAAUAAUGAGAUGAUUCAACAAGUUAUAAUUGAUAACGAAAAUGAAAUGAAAUUAAAUAAAUAUAGACAAGAAAAAAAUCAUUUUUAUUCACAAAUUAUUUAUAACAAAUGGAAACAAAAAACAAAUGAACAUUUACGUGAUCGUUUUCUUUUACAACGUUCAAAAAUAUUUUAUGAAAAAAAUUUAUUAAAAAAAUUCUUUUCUCAAUGGAAAGAACAGCAUCAUUUUGAUAUGCGUAUUAGAUUACUCGAACGACAAGCUGUUUGGUUUGAUCGAAUGCGUUUAGUAAGUCGAAUUUAUCUUCAAUGGAAACAAACAUGGCAAUCCGAACAAAAAUUAAAUGAAGAAAAACAUCGAGCAUUACUAUUUUGGGCAUUACAAUUACAAAAAAAAUGUUUUGUAAACUGGUUAAUUUAUAUAAGUCAUCGCAAAAGAAAAAAACUUCGUUAUAAUGAAGCAACACAUCAACGACAUGAUGAACUUAUACGUAAUAGUUUACGUCAAUUUCUUAUUUAUACAGAUCAUACAAAACAAAGACGGCAAGCUUUAUUUAUUCAUCAACAAGUUUAUUUAUAUCAUGAUCGAAAUGCAUUAGCUUCGAAAUAUGUUGCUAAGUGGCGUGCAUUUGUUAAAGAAUCAAUUGCACGUAAACAAUUAACACAACGUUUUAUUCAAAGAAAUAUAAAUGUUGUGCCAAUAACGAAUAAUCCACUUGCUCUUGUUAAAUUUGAUAAUAGUCCGCCAAAAAUAACGAAUCGACCACGGCCGCGAAAACCUGCAUUUUUAUCUGAAUCAUUUUCUACUUCAGCUAUAGACAAAACAGAAUCUGAAAUACGCACAAUUAAUAUUCGAACAUCACCAUCAUCAUCAUCAUCACCACCGCCGCCUCCAAGAAUUGAUCAUUCAUUACAUUCUCCAUUUAUUAGUGUUAAACAAUCAACACAUACUCGACAUGAUGCUUCAUCACCACCAAUACUUCUUCCACCAUCUGCAUUUCAAAUAAAUCCUAAUGAAAUAAAAAUGCCAUUAUCAUCUCGGCAAAUAAUUGAUAAUAAAAUUCAAAUCUCUCAUCGUCCAUAUUCAACUCAACCAUCAACCAAUAUUUUUAUUAAUAAAGAUAAUUUACUAAAUGUUAAACAACGCUUAGAAAUUUAUCUUAAUAAUAAAGCAAAACUUAAACGUCUUCGACAACAAUUAGCAAAUCUAUCUCCAUCACAAAUUGAUAAACAACUUGAACAAGAAUGUCAACAAUUAACUGCAUUUAUUGCGUCAGAAAAAAUUCAUUUGACUAGUGUAUUGCAAAAUUUAUAA